AUGAAAGUUUUCAUAACCGGAGGAUCCGGAUUUGUUGGGACAGUUGUUAUCCCCGAACUGUUGAAGAGUGGCCAUGAAGUUGUUGGUUUAGCGAGAUCUGAAGAGUCCGCUGCGAAGCUGACGUCCAUGGGGCCUAACGUGACAAUCGUUCGUGGAGAGCUGGUAGAUCUGAAGAUCCUCAAGGAAGCAGCUUCAGAGGCAGAUGCAGUGAUCCAUUUGGGUUUCAUUCACGACUUUGCGAAAUAUGCCAAGUGUUGUGAAAUUGAUCAAGAGGCCACAGUGGCUAUGCUAGAAUCACUUCAGGGCUCGAACAAGGCAUUUGUGUACACAAAUGGUACACUGGCGCUACCUGCCGGAAAGGUGUGUAAUGAAAAUGUUCCCAGUGAGACUUCUGCUACUCGUGUACGCGGCCAAACUGAAGCAAUUGCAUUGUCGUUUAAGGAAAAAGGUGUGAAGGUGACCUGCGUUAGAUUGGCAUCCACUGUCCAUGGGCCGGGAGACAAAGUGUUUAUACCAAUGCUGAUCGAUAUCGCCAAAAAGUCUGGGAAGUCUGGCUACGUUGGAAAUGGUGAAACUGCUUGGCCCGCUGUGAACCGACUAGAUACAGGAGAUUUGUUCAAACUCGUUUUAGAAAAGGGCGUUGCAGGAGGAGUUUACCACGCUAUUGCUGAACAAGGUGUAAAGACCAAGGAUAUUGCCAAAGCCAUUGGCGACAUCCUUGAUGUUCCCGUUGUUUCCAUCAAAGCAGAAGACGCACAGGAACACUUUGGAUUUUUGAGUACUUACUUUGCCAAAGAUGGCACAACUUCUAGUGAAAUUACCCGAAAAGAGCUAGGCUGGAGACCACGGCAUCUUGGGCUUCUAGAAAAUUUGCGGACAAACUAUGGUUCAUAA